CAACCACACAACACAACGAACGUCCUCGCAGCCCGCCUCCUGUCCAUGCACAUUCUCCGCGCUUUCUUGAUUUUGUGUGUGUGGACUGCUCUCUUGCUCUCUUGGUUGCUUUGCUCGACAGCGCACAAGCCCGCACACGAGCCCGCUCGUUGUGAACCUUGCUUUUUCGCUGCCUCGCCGUGUGAAACCUCGCUGUGGCCUGCUUGUUGCCUCACAGCAAGGCCAACAAAGCCCGCUCUUCUCCUUCUCACCGCGCUGGUCGACAGGCAAACGGGCAAAGCGGCAAGCUCCUUUCUUCCCCACCGGAACCGCCUCAGCCCUCCUUGUGUUCAUGACCAUGACGCCCUCCGACAAAGCGGGGAAGAAGAAGACACAGCGCAAGUCGCUGCCCGAAGAUGAUGAAGGACGCGCUGGUUCUGAACGCCGAAGCAAGCAGCACAAGGAUUCCCCGCGGCAACCGCCCAGCACUUCUUCUGUGCCUGCAAGCGUACGAGGCCGCGCUUCCUCGGCGGAGUCAAGAAUAAUUCGGCCAACGCCCAGGUCAUGCGACACGAGCUCAACAGCAGCAGACGCGGCGUCGAAAAAGCAGGUGCACGAGGGCUCGCUCUUCUGCCUGUAUCCGGAGCUCGGCGAGGAGACGUUGGCAAAGGCAGCUCAGAGCAAUCAGGACUUGAUGCAUCUCUUGCGCCCCGUCGUGAACGGAGACCCGCUACCGAAGAAGACAACCAAAGGCAGGGCCAAAUCCACAGCAACGUCAUCCUCCUCGGCCAGCACCAAAGCGGAACGGCAAGACGACGCCGGCGUCAGUAAAACGUCACAACCUGCACGUCACACGCGCCACAACCCCGCAAGUUCCCGCCCACCAUCCGCGAGAAGCCACCGUCGCCGAGGCAGCUCUGCCUCGAGCAGCUCUGACAUUCGCGGCGUCCCAGCUCCUGCCAUGGAGGUGAGGCGUGACAGUGCCAUGGACACGGGCGUGGACACGGAUGACGACGCGGACAGGCGCUCCUCGAGACGCCUACGCACGCAAGCUUCCGCCAAGGCCAAGCCGGAGCGAACUCGCGGCCCGAGCAAGCAGCAGCUAACGCAACAGCCAUCUCCCCGGGAGCCGGACAGCACGCGGGUGCCGCAAGAAGACGUGGAACAGACCAAGAAACCAGAUGGUCUUCGACAGCAGCGAACACCGCACAGUGUAGUGUUGGACGUUACACCGCUCCGUGGUGGCGGCGGACGCACCACCGGGGGGAGUGACGUUGUCGGUGGCGACGAUGGUGAACACGGCGGCGGCCCGUCGUCCCCCGUUUUGCACUCGCCAAUGAGUGCCGGCACGAUAGUGGGUAGCUCGAAGGGUGCAACAGCCUCCGCCGCAAUGUCUGCCGCCGGCCGAGCUGCUGUGUCAACAAGCCGCGGCGCCUCUCAAAACCCAUCACCCAAGCAGCAGCAGCAGCAGCAGCAGCAGCAGCAGCAGAGCGCAACAAAUACGCCAGCACAUUUUGCAUCCUCCUCACCUUCACGGCAGCCACCGCCGCCACCAGCAGCCCCUACUACGUCUCGGCCAAAUCCCACAGAAUUGACGGAAGUAUCAGCUGCCGAAUCCAAGCAGGCUCCACACUCAACUGGCACCAAGAAGAGCGAUGCCAAGCCGUCAACGUCAGUACCACCGACGUCGACAUUGGCGUCAACCGACUCUGUUGACAAGCCAGCAAAGCCGCCCACCCCGGAGCCUCUGCCGCACGCGAGAGACCUUGUGGGCCGCCUGCUGGUGGUGGACACGCUGGAGAAGGACAUACUGCGAGCGGUUGUGCUCCGGGCCUUCGGUGCACGCAACGUCAUUGUGCAAUAUGAGGACACCGCAAAGGAGAAAAUGAGCGUGGCAGAGGCGCUGGCCCUUCAAGCACCAUCUGGCGAAACCGUCGCCAGCCCGACGGCUUGGAUCAAGCAGGCGAUACAGGAGUACAAGGAUCGUCGCCAGCGGGAAGAGACGGAGCGCCGCGAGAUUGGUCCAAGCAACAUCGUUUCCGGAAGACGUGAGCGGGCCAAGCCAAAGCCUGACUCGGCCGAAUCGACGGCCGACAAGUCCAGCGCUGCUGACAACAAGCGCCCAAAAGUGCGACGAGGCAACAAGAAGGAAAGAAGACAGUCUGGCAAUUCCUCGGGGGUGAUAUUGCGCCACGUCGACAGGGCCCGGAUCAACGACGUGGACGUGUGCAUUGGCUCAUUCAUUGUUGUUGCCAGGGCGCGGGCGAUGCGAAUUCACGAGAUAUUGGGCAUGUUUGACUACGCCAGCGUCAUUGUGUUUGCACUCUCAUCAUAUGUGCUGAACCCACGCGAUAAGCGCGAGCUGCUUCCAGUACCCAAAACCCUUGAGUUUCUGGCGCUGGACCCGCGUGAUGUGGUCGGCCGGCUGGAUGUUGUCUCGUUCUACGGGUAUUGUGCGCAGUGGGCGAAGAUCAAGGCGCAGCAAGAGCUGGGAAGACACGUUGACACCUCGUACAUGGAUCACGUCCGGUUCUUGCGAGUACCCAACGAGAAUAAGUCCAAUGCGGAAUUCCUGGGGAAGUCGACGGACGACAUUGCCAAGGCUUGCGCUAGGGCGUUUCGUCAGGCCGUGAGGGACUGAGACGCGCAGAGGCACGCGUUGCUACGACAACAAGUACUGAGCUCCGUUGGUUACGGCAACUCGACUCGAUUCAUGCAUGAGCCUGGGCUGGUGUGCACGCGCACACCUACCCAUCCUAACUAUUCUAUAACAGGGUGUACACUGCGUGUGUGUGUUGGGGGGGGGGGGG